AACUACAAAACAAGUGUCAGUUCACUGAAUGAUUCUGUCAAAGUAGGUAGCUGUUUACGUUUUUCUAUCGUUAUUUUGCGAUCGUUUUGCACAACUUUUGUUAUAUCUUAUUGUUUUUAUGAUAACGCUUUAUCCCUACGUCUUACUGGUGAAAAUAUAAAAGUGAUAUUUCUUACGUUUAAUGAACAAUGUCAGAUGUCAAGAGGUGAAUAGUCUGUGUUUUGUGUUCUAACGUGUGAGUGACAGUUUUUAUAUUGUUUGGGAUUUGGAGCGAUAAACAUAUCGGUACGUCACAUUUUCCAUCAAAGAACGCGAAACGAGUUUUUUUUUCGUGAACACGAGGUAUAACGAGGUGGGAUGACACAGUGUUCGACUAGGUCAACAGUGAAGACGUUCGGGAAAUAUUAGUAGGUGUGUUUGAUAAAAGUGCGUGGGAGUUCCUUAUGACAAGGACUGAGUAGUUGGAACGCGCGGUUGUUAUUGUGUCGGUGGGUUGCAGAUGCGGUUGUGAUUGUGUAGUGUAGUGGUUACUGUCAUGGUGACAUCAUGGCGCGCGCUGGCGCUGCUGGCGGCGCUGCACGCGUGCGCCGCGCUCCCGGAGCCGGUGUACCACGACCAGUUCGCGGUGCACGUGCCUGCAGGCCCGCACCACGUCGAUGACAUCGCCAGAAGACACGGCUUUGUCAAUCAUGGACAGAUUGGUUCGCUGAAGAACUACUACUUGCUGUCACAUCAUGAAGUCCGCAAACGAUCCACGGAGCCGAGUCACGAACACCAUAAAAAAUUAAAUGACGAACCACAAGUUAGAUGGUUCGAACAGCAAAGGGAAAAGCGGCGUAUAAAGAGGGACUAUUCCCCGUACGAUCGCGCAUCGUUCUCGCAACUGUCUCGCCGGUUGCAACCCCAUCGCACCAACUAUCGGGCGCUCACCUCUUCACCAUUCUUUCCUGACCCCCUCUUCAAGGAACAAUGGUACUUGAACGGCGGUGCCAAGGAUGGUCUGGAUAUGAACGUGGCCCCCGCUUGGCAGAAGGGCUACACAGGGAAGGGAGUCGUCGUCUCCAUUUUGGAUGACGGCAUACAGACCAACCAUCCGGAUUUGGCACAGAACUAUGAUCCCAACGCGUCUACUGACAUCAAUGGCAAUGAUGAGGAUCCAAUGCCACAAGACAACGGUGACAACAAGCACGGCACGCGAUGUGCUGGUGAGGUUGCUGCAGUUGCCUACAAUCAGUACUGCGGUGUAGGCAUUGCCUACAAUGCGAGUAUUGGUGGUGUAAGGAUGUUGGACGGUGUCGUCAAUGAUGCCGUUGAAGCCAGAGCUUUAGGUCUCAACCCAGACCACAUCGAUAUAUACAGCGCUUCCUGGGGACCAGAAGAUGAUGGAAAAACCGUUGACGGGCCAGGACCACUUGCCAGAAGAGCCUUCAUCUACGGAGUCACUAGUGGUCGUCGCGGUAAAGGGUCCAUAUUUGUAUGGGCAUCAGGAAACGGUGGAAGACAUACAGACUCUUGUAAUUGUGACGGCUAUACGAACAGUAUAUUUACGUUAUCUAUUUCUAGUGCUACUCAAGGUGGUUAUAAACCUUGGUAUCUAGAGGAGUGCUCUUCUACCUUAGCUACUACGUACAGCUCGGGUACCCCGGGACACGAUAAGAGUGUCGCCACCGUUGACAUGGACGGCAGGUUAAGAUCCGACCACAUUUGUACAGUAGAACAUACAGGUACCUCGGCCUCCGCUCCCCUUGCGGCUGGUAUUUGUGCUUUAGCCCUAGAAGCAAACCCUGAACUCACAUGGAGAGAUAUGCAAUAUUUAGUUGUAAUGACGUCUCGACCUCAACCUCUUGAGAAAGAAGGAGGUUGGAUCAUUAACGGAGUCAAGAGGAAAGUAAGUCACAAAUUCGGGUACGGUCUUAUGGAUGCUUCUGAAAUGGUCAGUUUAGCAGAACAAUGGGUGUCCGUACCUCCUCAACAUAUUUGUAAGUCUCAAGAAAUUAACGAAGAUAAGCAGAUAGAAUCAACAUUUGGUUACACCCUGUCUGCGCAUAUGGACGUUAAUGGGUGCAGUUCUACAGUUAAUGAAGUGCGUUAUCUUGAACAUGUUCAAUGUAAAAUAUCAUUAAGGUUCUUCCCUAGAGGUAAUCUACGUAUACUUUUAACAUCUCCAAUGGGUACUGUGUCAACAUUGCUGUUUGAAAGACCACGCGAUGUUGUUAGUUCUAACUUUGAUGAUUGGCCCUUCUUAAGUGUUCACUUCUGGGGUGAACAUGCUGAAGGUAGAUGGACGCUACAAAUAGUAAAUGCUGGCAACAGGCAUGUAAACCAAGCUGGCAUACUUAAAAAGUGGCAACUUAUAUUCUAUGGAACAUCAGUUGACCCAGUACGAUUAAGAACAAAAAGGCCGUCGCCAGUAGCGCCGCCUUUUGCUUUCCCCACCGCCGCAGACGGCUAUGAAACUAUCGGGGAUUCUUUUUACAACACUGACGCGUUUGCCAACUAUCAAAACUUUCCAAAUCUAUUCGCCGCCGGGUCAGACCCGGAAAAGGCGGUAGCUCGCCUCGAUGGACAUAACGUCCCUUCUCCGCAUGGGGAGAAUGUCCUCGCUGAUAGUAAUGACAAGCGCGUCAUGCAUGACUGUGAUCCCGAAUGCGAUUCUCAAGGAUGCUAUGGAAAAGGACCUACUCAAUGUAUUGCGUGCAAGCACUACCGUCUGGAUGACUCUUGUGUUUCUCGUUGCCCUCCAAGAAGUUACGCUAACCAAGGUGGAGUGUGCUGGCCGUGUCACGAGUCUUGCGAGACUUGCGUGGGCCCGGGGCAGGACUCGUGCUUAACUUGUGCCCCAGCACACUUACUAGUAGCAGACCUUGCUGUCUGCUUGCAACAAUGUCCAGACGGAUACUGGGAAGACAGCGAGGCUUCCGUUUGCCGACCAUGUGCGGCUCACUGUGCCACUUGUUCCGAGCGAGCUGAUGGUUGCACGUCUUGUGAACAUCAUCUCGUGCUUCAUGACGGAACGUGUAUGGCAUCGUGUCCGCCCUCUCACUAUGAGACUGAAGAUGAUAUGUGCGCAAAAUGUCACGAAUCCUGUGACACUUGCCAAGGGCCCGGGGAAACGCAGUGCGUGACCUGUCAUCCGUCGACUUAUGCAUUAGACGGGCGAUGUGUUACGUCAUGUCCUCCAGCGUAUUACGCCGACAAAAAGAGGAAAGAGUGUAUGAGAUGUCCCGUUGGUUGCUCAACCUGCACGAGUGCGUUUUGCCUCUCGUGUGAACCGAAAUGGGAACUUAACAAAAAAGGAAAAUGUAUGCCUGUGGGUAGCGACAAAUGCAGUGCAGGUGAAUUUGCAGUAGAUCAGAAAUGUAAGAGAUGUAACCCGGCUUGCGACUCGUGCUACGGUGAAAAUGAAGGACAUUGCCUUACGUGUCCGAAUCCAAACUUACUACAGGAUUACAAAUGUGUACCAGAAUGCAGUAAAGGUUACUACGCCGAGGCUGGUCGCUGUGCACGGUGCAUGCACGGGUGCUCGGACUGUGUGUCGCGACUGAACUGUACUUCGUGCGCCAGCACACUGCGAUUGCAGUCCGGAGCCUGCAGGACUUCUUGUGCUGAUGGGUACUACGCGGACCGCGGCACGUGUUCAAAGUGCUACCUGUCGUGUCGCACCUGUAUUGGGCCGAGACGGGACCAGUGCGCUUCGUGUCCUGAGGGAUGGCGGCUGGCCGCUGGAGAGUGCCAUCCGGAGUGCCCACAAGGUUUCUACCAAAGCCCAGGCGGUUGCCGCCACUGUCACCAUUACUGCCGCGAGUGUGACGGCUCCGGUCCGCUCCACUGCAAGUCGUGUCCGCCCCGCUUCAUGCUGGACGGUGGGCUGUGCAUGGAGUGCCUCGGCUCUCAGUACUAUGACGCGACCAGCGGCACGUGCCGCAGCUGUGACGCGAGUUGUCGAACGUGCUCCGGACCCGGCCAGUUCAGCUGUACCACGUGCUCUAGGCCGCUGAGAAUUGACAGGUUAAACAAUCAAUGCGUGCCGUGCUGUUCAGAACGCGGUGUCACCAACUCCACGCCACCGACAGACUGUUGCCAUUGUAAUCCUGAGAACGGCGAGUGCAUAAACUCGUCGGUGGCAGGCAAGCGCCGUAUCGCUGAAUGGGGCGCGUUGCACACCGCGCCGAGCGCUGACACCGCGCCCAGCGUGGCCGUGGUGACGAUCGCGGUGUGCGCGGCGGCCGUCGGCCUGUUCAUUACAGUACUGGUCGUGUUACAGGCGCACAGUCCUCGCGAGAAGAAGACGAGGAAGACGAGUGUGCGCGGCGUCGAGUACUCCCGGCUGCCACGCACGGACGUCGACUUCACCGUGCUGACGUCGUGCACGGACCAGGAGGGACCCGUCGAGUACGAGCACGAACCACUCCUCAAAGAUUCCACAUCCACAUAGCGCGCGCUGUGAUCCUAGAAGUAAGUUUAUGACGUAUCGUUUUAUCAUCUGUACCUUUACCAUGAGUUCACAAAAUGCAAUUUUGUCACUAUUUAAUAGUAAUUUUGUAUGACAAAGUUUACAGCGCCUCUAGCGGUCACUUAUGGAACUAAAAUUUGCCAUACAAAAUAAAUGUCUUCGCUGCCGAGUGUCGACAAAUACUAUUGCUUUAAUUCCAAGGUAGAGGUACAGAGUCAAGUGAACCCGCCACGAGCGUAGGUAAGUCAAUAAGUGAUGUACGGUCACAACUUCCUAGUUAUUGAAAUCUUUAGUUGUUCUUAAUUACCCAUAGAGACAUAAGCAGUAAGUCAACUUCGCUAGUUUAUUCCAGUUUAAAGCCGACUCGAUACAAGUUGAACUAUUGUUCAUUUCUUUAUUGUGUUUUAAAGGAGGACCAGUUAUUAAUAUUUGUGUUGAAGGGUCUAACAGACCCUUUUUAAAGGCUUUGUGAAAGCCAAGGAAACAUGUAAAGCGUGUAGUGUACAGCGCGGACUUUUUAUCGACAUAGUCAAUACGAUGUAGUUACUUCUGUUAUAGUUAAUUUAUUUACUCGACUAUCUUCUAUCGAUCGAUAAAAUGUCCGUACUUACCUUGCCUUAUGACACAAGUUUACAGAAUAUAUCGUGACUUUAGCUUACAGUUUGUGCUAAAUAUUUGGUGAAGGUGUCUGCUUUGUAAACGCAGGCAUCUGCUCUCCAAUGAACGCCAGUACUCGACCAUAAUACCGACAAAGGAUGUCCCGAGUAGAUCAAUUUAUCGAAACAAAUACGUAGCUAUUUAUUAUGACGUAAGAAAUGGACUAUUUUAACGAACGCCCAGCUUGACGUGUUCUUUUCUAUAAAAGAAAAUAUAACACCAAUUCUAGUAAUAAGAAAUUAAUUCAAAAUUUGUCCGUAUUAUGUCGAACCACACUCGAAGUACUAAAGUCUCGUAUUUAUAAAUAACUAUGUAUGUAUGUAAUAUAGGUAGUUAUAAAAUUGUAAGUUGAACAAAGAAGUUCGUGUAGCGAUGGUUUCGACCACACUUAGCAUUGUGAUACUUGGACGAUGUAAUGUCAAAGUGUUCCUUCAACAUUAACUCGGAGAUUUGCUGACGUGACGCCUUGCGUGAGCGAUCUAGACGCGAAGGCGAUACGGUGCGGCGCGACGCGAAAACAACAAACUGACAAAAUCUAUUGACGAUCAAUUGGCUUGAUAUUUUCACGCGAACUGGACGCGGUGCCGUCACAUUUUUGUUUAUAAUAUCGAAAACAAAAACAGAAUGAAACGAUUCACAUACAGUCACACCGCAUCGCGUUGAAUUCGCGUGUCACCGCACCGCUUCGCUUUCGCUUCUAGAUCGCUCACACAGGACGUCGCGUAAAGAAUCCAUUCCAUAUCAUUUAUACAGUAACCAUACAGAUUACAAACGACUUCCAAACGUCCAGAAAAUAUACUAUAAUCGAUUAAGACUAUAAUAGAUUUGUGCUAAGUUUCGUACCUAUGUUUAAGGAACACAGUCCUUAUUAGUGGCUUCAUGUUUGCCGGUACAUCUUGACUUAGCUCACUCGACUUAAUCAAACCUGCCUUUGAUGUUAGCCACUGAGGUAAUUUGCAUUACAACAUGUGUUAUCUUCCCUCUCUGUCGCGCAAACAACACUGCGUCAAUAACAUCACGGACGUUGCUUUGUUUAUUAUUCUAGAACAUUACUUACUUGAGCGUCUUAAUUGCAUUAUUGUUUAAUUGUUACCUAAGGACUGUUUUGGAACCUCUGUCCAUAGAACACUUAUAUAGGCAGUUAUGCAAAUUUAGAUUUUAAAACGUUGCCUUAAGAGUCUUUAUUGCUGUUGCCUAAAAGGGGCUAAAAUACAACAUGCUACAAAAUAUGUGUAUAGACGCAUGUCGUUGGUUAUCGGUAAACAUGUUUCCACCGAAAGUCAUUGAAAUAAGCCAUAAGCCAUGCCACAAUAUACUGUAACGUAGAAUCUGGUUUAAGAUCUGAGGAGCUCUCUUAGUAUGGCGCUACGACCCUAUACUUGUAAUUAAACGUAUUUUAAUUGUAAUUUAGUUGAUAGGCCCAAAGUUACCAUAGCGUUUUAAAAAUUGUACAAUUAUUAAUUUUGAACCUGUUCAAGUUGACGUUGGCUAAAAAUAUAGUUUAAAAAAUGUUGAUUCUACUAGACAAUUUUUUACAUAGUCCUAAAAUAUAUGCCUUGACUCGUCAUAAUUUUAACUUUAUUUUAUAAGUAGUAAAGCUUCUUAGUUUAUAAUUUGUAAUUAGUAAAAAAUAAUCAUUCAUUUAUUUCUGCCGACUAGGUAUAUUUUUAGAAUUUAGAUUUUUAUAUUUAAUGAUAAAUAAUGUAAUUAUUAUAAUACAAUUGUCACAAAUUUCAAUCUCAAUUUGUAUAAAGUCUCAAAAUUUAUAUGUUUUUAUAUGACAGGUAUGUUAUAACUAUAAAAUAUGUGAUAUGAUACUAUAGGACGAUAUACGCAAUACUAGCGUCCGUCGCGUCGACGGCCAUAGAGAAAUUGUUUCAAGUCAAAGAUGUAAUGUUACCAUGUUCCACCACCCUGUAUAUAAAGUUAGCUAGAUUGUUGAAUUGUUGAUAAAUAAAGAGAAUAUUGUCAAUAAAUAAAUUCUAAUUGUAUUUUAAUGGAUGAAUGCCUCGAUGUUACUUUGGCUUGAAGUUUGGUCAAUUAAAACGUACUCAGAAAUAAGUUAUUAGGAAACAAAUUGUAUAAUUAAACAAAAAAUAUUAUAAUUUCUGUUUUAUAAUUAGGGAAACUUCUUGACAUCUGAUUUGAUAAAAUAUUUUUGCAUUUCCACUAAUGACAUAUAAUCAAAAUUUUCUAAUUAUUGUAUUUAUGUAAUAUCGAUCUAUAUUGCGGUUUUCUAGUUUGUUUUAGUGGGAAUCUUUUUAAUUAAGAAUAUAUUUUUGUAUGAAAUGUUCUUAUGUGCAAUUAAUAUUUGUAAUAAAAAGGAAGUCUGUGUCAACGAAAAA